AUGGCUCCCGCUCCAGCGGCCAUGGAUGUUGACGACGAGGGUGCUGGUGGUGGAGCCAGGAACCAGAGCACCAUGGUGGUGGUGAAAUCUGACUGCACAAACACUGACCCUCUGGUGGUCGGUCCUGAACCUGUGGAAGACGAGGGAGGUGGAGGUGAUACCACCGAAUGCUCGAGCUCGUUUGGCGACACCUGUUCUGGAUUUCAAGAUGCGGCAGGCGAUGGUGAACCAGAAGUGAAUUCUGGCAUGUCUGCUCGUGCCGAUGGUGGCAGGCCCUGGAAGCCCCCUAGAUGCCAGUGGUUAGAGUUGCGUAUGAGGGAGCUCUCAUCUCAAGUAUCAAAGUAUGACAGGGAGCUUGCUCUAAACAAGAAACAAAAAGAAUUACAAGCAGCAAGCAAAGCAAAUGGUUCUAUGUCAGAAUCUAUGCAGAUUCACAAAGGUCAUGGAAACAGUAUCAUGAAGAGGACAAAGCGGAAGAGGCAUGAAGAAAAUUUGGAUACUCCUUUGUACAUCAACAAGCACCAAAUAUUGUCAUACUACCAUGAUAAACAAAAUAAGGGAGCUGAAACUGAUGGUCUCUUAAUUGAUGAGGAUUGUGGUAGUACAGUUCCUAUCCGAGGCGGACUUGACAGUGUUACAUUGCUUGAUUCCGAGGAUUAUGAUGUGAUUUUUGAGCAACUCUCUUUAAAGGAUAUUCUCUUGACGAUUGAUGGGGUUCAGUCUCGAGUUCAUCUGCUUCGAGGUCGUCUCAGCAAGGCUCAUUAUGAAGGAAGAAAUUUGGCAUUUUCUGAGGGCAAUACUCAUGUCAGGGUGUCUCCGAAGAGACAGCAUACUCAAAAGCGCUCAUCUUAUACAGAAUGUAGAUAUACUAAACCACAGAAAAAGAAGAAUCUAAAUGUUUUGCUCAAGGAUGAUAGUGGACCAGCUCUUUCAGGGAGACCUUCUUUGCCUGACAAGGAAACUGAUACUCCUAUAAAAGAUGCAGAUAGGAUUGCUGAAGAAAGUAGUGGAGAGGGCAAACACUCGAGGGAGAAAGCCAUAACGAUGGACCUUCUCUUGGGUAUUGGCAAUUACAUACCAAAUGGUUAUAUAGAGGAUUUAUGCAAAGAAAACGCUGACGAUAUCCUCAUAGACAAUCAAGCAACUAGUGAUGUCUGUCAGCAGUUUGACAAGGCCAAGCAUCUGCCUUCUGGAACUUCUUCCAAAGAACAGAACGUUUCUGCUCCAGUGGAAGUGAAGAACACUUGUGCUCCAGUAAAAGUUGAUAGCACUUCUGCUCCAGUGGAAGUAGAUACCACUUGUGCUCCAGUGGAAGUACAUACCACUUGUGCUCCAGUGGAAGCAGAUACCACUUGUGCUCCAGUGGAAGUACAUACCACUUGUGCUCCAGUGGAAGUAGAUACCACUUGUGCUCCAGCGGAAGUAGAUACCACUUGUGCCCUAGCAGUGGGGCAAGAAUCAUUUGUUGAAAAGUCACCCUCGAAGGAGCCUGUCUCUUCUGGGAGCAAACAGGAACCGAACUCUAAGAAAAAGAGGAGGAAGAAAGGCUCUUUGUUUACCAGGAAGAAGCAGAGGAAAGAGGCGUCCAAUACAGCUGCUGCAAAGGAGAAAACUGAGGGCAGGCCGUCAGCUGCAAAUACCCGAACUGAGAGCACACCCUCUGCUGUAGCAAAGCAGAAAACCGAGGGCACAUGCUCUGCUGCAACAGGGCCGCAAACCAUGACAGCUCGCUCUGCUGGAAAGAAGCGCAAAUCUGUAAAUGAACCUGCAGAUGCAAAGGAGCAUGGAUCUGGGAACUCAUUCUCUGCAUCGACAGAGCAGACAACUGGGAAGCCAUCCUCAGCAAUGAAGAGGAAAGAGGCAUCCGAAACAUAUGCUGCAAAGGAGAAAACUGAGGGCACGGGCACGCUGUCAGCUGCAAAUACCCAAACUGAGAGCACACCUUCUGCUGUAGCAAAGCAGAAAACCGAGGGCACACGCUCUGCUGCAACAGGGCCUGAAACCAUGACAGCCCGCUCUACUGGAAAAAAGCGCAAAUCUGUAAAUGAACCUGCAGACGCAAAGGAGCAUGGAUCUGGGAACUCGUUCUCAGCAUCAAUGGAGCAGAAAACUUGGAAGCCAUCCUCAGCAGUGAAGAAGCAGAAAACUGAAAAGUCGUCCACUGCUGCAAAGAAGUAUGGAUCUGGGAACUCAUCCUCAGCAUCGAUGGAGCAGACAAUUGGGAAGCUUUUCUCAGCAGUGAAGAAGCAGAAAACUGAAACCUCGUCCACAGCUGCAAAGAAGCAUGGAUCUGGGAACAAGUCCUCAGCAUCGAUGGAGCAGAAAACUGGGAAGCCAUCCUCAGCAGCGAAGAAGCAGAAAACUGAAACCUCAUCCACAGCUGCAAAGGAGCAUGGACCUGGGAACUUGACCUCAGCAUCGAAGGAGCAGAAAACUGGGAAGGUAUCCUCAGCAGUGAAGAAGCAGGAAACUGUAAGCUCGUCUGUAGCUGCAAAUAAGCAGGAGGCUGAAAGUGCGUCCUCAGCGAAAAAGAAGCAGGUGACUGAAAACUCAUCCUCCAAAGCGAAGAAGGCAGAGACUGCUGCGAGUGCUGCGACUGCCCCCUCGAAGCUGCAGGUUGAGAAGGCUGUGCUGGUGGCUGUAGAUAGCAGGAGGAGCCAAAGGGUCCGGAAGCCCAAAGUUUUUGCUGAAUGA